CCACUGCCUAUCACCGUUUAAGGGGUUGUGUUCGUAGCAUUGUUAGAGCAUCGUCGAAGCCUCCCUCGGAGCAUGGAGAGUCGAGACCAAUUAUCGAAAUAUAUUCUUAAUAAAAGCUCGGAUAGAUAGCAUCGAACUGCCCCCCCACCUUUCUUCUCAACCCACACUCACCGCUUCACCGCUUCACCGCUUCACCGAAACACGAAACACCAUGGGCACGCGAAUAGUCAUCAAGUGCAGGUCGCAGAAUAUCCCGGGAGAUCCCAACCUGCGGCCCCAAACCAUGGCCAACAUGGUCUGUCGGCGUAUAUGGAACAGAGACUUUGACGAUACGCAGGACCGGGUCCAGUCUCGAGGGAUAUUCUUCCAUGACGGGACCCGAUGCUUCUUCCUCGUGGAUAGUGGCCCACCCGACUCCAAGGAGGUCCAUACAUCCAUGUACAACUGGGAUGGUUCAUGCUUAACGGAACUACCAGUCAGUCCGAUCAUCACAUCCCACCUACACCAGUAUCCUUUCAACCCGGCCAACAAAGAACAAGGCUAUACCGAUGAAGAGUACAGGGAGAAGUUUGGCGACGAGGCAUUCAAAGCCAUGAUGACCGAAAGAAUUCGGCAAAAGAAGAGGAAUAACCUGAGGCUGUUCUCCACCGAGAAGGCCUUUAUGCAGGCUAACCCGGGACUUGUUGACGAGGUGUGACAAGUCCAAGGUACUCAAGAACUUGGAACGCGAAAUGCAUAUCAGAUGGAACUAAUCAUUUCUGUCUGGACUGUACACAUCACCUACCCAUCUUGAAACCCAGCUAUGUCUUUGCCGUCUUUUUGGUGGGUGUAGAGCCGCUGAUAGACGCCUCUCCAUAUGGAUAUGGCACGCGUUCCCGACGCUUCGUUCUGGGCAACAAGUUUCUCUAAUGCGGCAGAGUCUUUCUUGGUAGCUCCACCCGCCUAAUCGAUUCCCAGUGUAGUGAACCGCCUGAGAAGAGGAGGCUCGCCGCGUUCAUGGUUCUUCCUUUAUAAGGUACCUUACCGUACUUAAUUAUUGCGUGUUCUGACAUAAUACCGCCUUAUAAAAUGUAUGCGUUUACAGUGGGAUAUGUCA